CAGUGUUGCGGCGCGCGCGCCGUCGCCGCCAUGGGCAAUCACCACUCCGCCGCCUCCGCGCACCGCACCCGCAAGAAUGUGCACUGGAAGACUGCAGGUCGGCCGGCGCCGCCGGGCAAGCCGGAGGUCAUCCCCGUGGCGCCGGACGAGGAGCCCGACGCUAUCACCCUGCGCUGGGCGGCGCCGGCGCACGACGGCGGCGCGCAGCUGCGCGGCUACCAGGUGGAGUGCAACCGCCUGGGCUCGCCCGACUGGCUGCGCACGGCGCCGCCCGUGGUGCUGCGCCCCGAGCUGCUGCUGACGGGCCUAGCGCCGCCGCACCGCUACCAGUUCCGAGUGGCCGCGCUCACCGCCGCCGGCCGCUCCGACUACAGCGAGCUGUCCGACGUGCUGGCGCCGGGCCGCGCGCCCGCGCACGCGCCCGCCUUCACGCGCCGCUUGACCGAUGUCACGGCGCUGGAGAACGACGAGACCGAGUUCCGCGUGGAGUUCAGCGGCGUGCCAUCGCCCGCUGUGGCCUGGUUCAAGGACGACUGCGAGAUCUUCAGCAGCCGUCGCACCGCCAUUACCACCUCGGACACGACCAGCGUGCUGCUGUUCCACCAGACGCUGGCCAGCGACGAGGGCGAGAUCAAGUGCACGGCCACCAACCGCGCCGGGCACGCCGCGUCGCGCGCGCGCCUGCGCCUGCUGGCGGCGCCGCGCCUUCGCCUGCCGCGCCGCUACGAGCACGGGCUGCUGUACGAGGUGGACGAGACCGUGGUGCUCAAGGUCACGGUGGUGGGCCGGCCGCCGCCCGCCGUGGAGUGGCGCCACGACGGACGCGAGCUGGAGCGCUCGGCGCGCGUGCAGCUGGCGGGAGCGCCCGGAUUGUCGGUGCUGCGAAUCGCUGCGGCGCGGCGCGGUGACCGCGGCGAGUAUCAGGUCAGCGCACGCAACAGCGUCGGCGAGGACUCGGCCGCCUUCCUGCUCACGGUUACGGCACCUCCCGAGCCGCCGCGCCGCGUGGCCGUGGCGAGGCAGGUGGACAAGUCGGUCACGCUGGCCUGGGAGGCGCCGGAGGACGACGGCGGCUGCCGCGUCGGCAACUACGUCGUGGAGUACUACCGCAGCGGCUGGAACGUGUGGCUGAAGGCCACCACGAGCCGCCAGACGAGCGUCACACUGUUCGACCUCAUCGAGGGCAGCGAGUAUCGGUUCCGCGUGAAGGCCGAGAGCCCGUACGGCAUGAGCGCGCCCAGCGCGGAGUCGGCACCCGUGCGCAUCCCGGGCGCGCCGGUGGACAUGGACUUCCUGGCGGUGGAGUCGCGCAUCCUCAGCGAGGCGCUGACGCGGCGCGAGGGCGAGGCGCCGGCCGUGUCGCCCGCGCCGCGCCGCAAGCGCGCGCCCGCCGCACGAGCCGCACCCUCGCCAGUGCCGCUGCGCAAGCAGAAGCGCGGCUCCGGCAGCAACGAGUUCAUGCUGGUGCUGUACCCGGACGCCGCCCAGACGGAGGACAAAGCCGAAAAAAGAAAGUCCUUCCAAUUGGAUUUAGAAGACGCGCUGUCGCCACCACCUAUAUCGCUGUCGGCACCAGAACUCAGCUCCCGGUGCGUUCUGCCCUUCAAAGCCCUUCGAAACGCCGUCUCCUCCACAGAACUACUCCAUGAACGAGCAAUGGCCAGAUUCUACAAAGCUGUUGCCCUGAAAGAAGGGCAAGAAGAACAAAAACAAAAAAACGAGAAAACUCCUCAAAGCGAACCCAACCACAUUCCGUAUAACAGCGUCGAACAGAACCACACAUUCGACCAAAGAUCACAAAAUAUUUCAGAAGAAACUAAUACUACGAUUAUAACAAAAUCACCGACGCCAGAAAUCCUUAUCAAAUCGGACUCUAUCGAAGAAAAAAAAGAAAAUACUGUCACACCUCGACAAAACUCUGACAAUUCUGAUAAGCAUAACAUGUCGUUUGAUGAGGAUUAUACCGCGAGCACUGUUUCCACCGAUGGUGACUACACGGACGAGGAUGAAGGAGACAGUCUCACCGAGGAAGUUGGACGGGAAAGUCAGUUAGCAGAGGAAGAGGAAACUUACCAUCCAAGAAACAAAACGGCUCUCCCGCAGCCAAUGAACGAAACCAUUGACGAAGAGGAAGAAGAGGAACAAGAGAGAGAACCCAUAAAACCUUUACCUUUACUCGACCCUAAUUUCAUACCAAAACCGAUUUUAAAGAAACCAAUCCCUCCGAUUCCAGUGCCAACAGUACCUGUACGUACGAUUCAAAACGACAAAAAAAUCGAUUUAAACAAGAAACAAGAGAAACUCGAAGACAAACAGAAAAAAGACGAGAAAAUGACUUUAUUUAAGAAAAUCACUAAACAAAAACCUUUCAGCUUUCCAAAAAUACUCAAUAAAAAAGACACCGAUAAAUCGUCAAAAGCGACGACACAGGCCGAAGAAGAGAAAUCGACAAAGAAAGCGGAAAAGCUAGAUGACAAGUACGGCGAUGAAGGAAGAACAGUUAUCGAUUACUACGGCAACAUCGUUAAAGAGUACGGUGCUCCAAAAAGGCCAACAACGCCUCUUUAUUUAAAUACGGAGGAUCUAAAACAAGUUGCGGAACAACAGACCAGUACCGACUCUAAAACCGAUAAUAGUGUAACAGACCCAACACCAGAACCAACCGUACAGUCGAAGAAAAAAGCUGUUAAGAAGGGGACAGAAAAUAAAGUUAAUUCGGUUAAAAAGAAAAGAAUACCACCUAAGGAAAAACAAAUCCCGACGAAUCAAGAGCAAGAGAUAAAGCCGCAGGGUAAAGCAAACCUGCACUCAAUCAACAACUCGACUCAGAAGAAGAACACAAAACCUCCAGUUACUAGAACUGAGGACACGCGUGUUCUCCUAAAAACAACGGAACGAGCUACUAUAGUCAUACCUAUAGAUUACAAAGAAUUAGAAGAGAGAGCGAAAGUGAACGUCCGCACAGCCAUCGAUUACACAGUCGACGUGUAUCAAUAAAUUAUGUUAGACUUUCGGUACGGGACUCAGUGUGUUAGAUUCAUAUCGCAGUUUAAAAUUCCGGCCUCGGACUGCGGCCACGGCUCACCGCGGCGCGUGAGGGAUCCCACACGGUGCGUGCUGCGGGACAAGGGGCUGGUGCUGGGCGUGUACUACAGCGAACACGCCAAGGGCGAAGGCGCCAUACUGACGGCUAGCGCACAGAAAUAUGAUAAACAAUGCGGAGGGAAACUUUGGAAUCAGUUGAAGUUGACGCCGAUACCGCGACUCGGUGAGUACAGGGUUUUCUACGACCUGGACAGUUACUUUGGUUACGUGGCCGUCACUGGCUUAGGUUCCGAGUGCUUGAGAUACAACACCAUGGAACAGCUGGACGAGAGUAGAGAAGCGAUUCGAAUAGCUGCUGGUUUGGGUACGGAGGCGUUGCAGAAGUUCAAGCCGUCAACGAUACACGUGGAAUCGUUCGGAGAUGCCGAGGCGUCCGCGGAAGGCGCGACUCUUUCGACUUGGAAAUUUCAAGAAUACAAAAGCCCUAAGAGCUCCCAAUUAGUGGCUAAACCGAAACUAGAGCUAUACGACGAUUGCGAUGGCGAAGGUUGGAAGAUCGGUGCAUUAAAAGCGGAGUCGCAGAAUUUAGCUCGCUUUCUCCAAGAGAUGCCUGCGAACUUGUUGAACCCGACGUCGUUCGCUAAGAUAGCGGUGGAGCUGCUGUGCGAACUGGACAUCAAUGUCGAGAUCAAAACACAAGGCUGGGCGGCGAGCCACGAAAUGGGAGGUUUCGUAGCUGUGGGCAAAUCGUCGGUACAGCCGCCUCUCUACGUGGAAAUAAGUUACUUCGGGGCGAGUGAGACUACGAGACCGAUCGUGAUGAUCGGCAAAGGUGUGACGUUCGACAGCGGAAGCCUGGACCUGAAACCGCUGAAGGAAUUGAAGUACAUGAAAGGAGACAUGGCGGGCGCCGCGUGCGUGCUCGCGAUCACCCGCGCCGCGGCGAUUCUCAAGUUGCCCGUCAACAUCCGGGGCAUCCUGCCUCUGUGCGAGCUGAUGCCGAGUGGAAGGAGUCCCAAGUUCGGGGACGUCGUAUCCAGCGCUUCUGGUAAGUCAAUCCAUAUAAGACUCCCGUCGCGCGAAGGGCGUCUUUUGAUCGCAGACAGCUUAGUGUACGCGAGGAAUUACUGGCCUAAAUUGAUCCUGGACAUUGGCACCAUGUCCAAGGAACUGAUUGAUACGCUGGGAGGCGCAGCUUGCGGGUGCUACACCAACUCCGAGGAGCUGUUCCGUUACGCGGCGGCGGCCAGCGGUCACACGGGCGACAGGAUUUGGCGAAUGCCUCUGUGGAAGUUCUACGAGGAACGCAUAAGGGACUGCCAGACAGCGGACGUGGCUAACACGGGGCGCGAUCAGUUCGGUGACUCGCCGAACUGCGCCGCAUUUCUGAAGCAGUUCGUCUGCGACAGCAAGUGGAUACACUUCGACACAUACAACGUUGCGUACACCAAAGGCCUUGACUUCCCUUACCUGCGCAGAGGGAUGACUGGGAGGCCCACGCGGACGGUACUUGAAUUCGUGUAUCAAUUAUUAGCUGAUUCUAAACUGUGAGUUGAGUUACAUACAAGAUUUUCCUUAAGAACCUUCGUACACGGCGAUAUUGACGGCGAGCUGCCACCCCAAUACAGUCGCAGCCUUCAUAGCUUUAAACUGAAAAGAUUUUUAGCCAGUUUUGAGCCGAUGACGCGUGUUCCGAAAAGAGGUGGAAAAUAAUGUCAUGUGCAAAGGUUCAAAGUUGAUGACUGUUAUGAAAUAAUUCUGUAAUGUUUCGAAAAAUAUCUAAUUAAUUUGCCGUACUUACUUUAUUUAAUAAAAUUGUUAAAUAAAUAAUGACUUC